CACCGCUUCCGGUCCCUGUGUCCACGUCAAACCUGACAGCCAUCGCCGCAGCUGAGCCGAUAAUGGCUGGAGUUGAGGUGGCACUUUCUGGGCGCUGUGUUGUUUAGCCCGGGUUAAAACCUGCUGGAAAUACUCCUCACACUUAGCACGGAUGACGACACGAGGACGUUAAAUAAGUUAUUAACUGACACAACGUCGCUUAGCUUAGCUUAGCUUAGCUUGACGAAUUCCUCCGGUCGGUCCCGUCAGCUGUUAUUAGCCGGUGCUGUGGUUGCUAAAUGAGUGUCUGUCAGCCUGAAAAGAGACUUUGUUUCGGAAGAUUAAAGUGGAUUUUGAAGUUUAAACGCGUCUCUUUGGUGUAGAGUUUACCGCUGAGCUUAAUGACUGUGUCACCUCUGGAGUCAAAGCUAGCCUAGCCCCCCCUCCGGUCCUCUCCGGCCUAGCUUUGUUUUGGUUUGGUGUGUAGCCCUCCUCAACAUGUCAUCGUGGCUGGGAGGAAUCGGCUCCGGCCUCGGCCAGUCUCUGGGCCAGGUCGGUGGGAGCCUGUCGUCUUUCACCGGGCAGAUAUCAAACUUUACCAAAGACAUGCUACUGGAAGGGGUGGAAGAAGUCGGAGAUGCUGUCACAGAGCUGCAGGUGUCCAAUUCGAAGUUGGCUGAAGUCGAGGCUUCGUUCACCACUCAGAAAUCUGAGUAUGACAGACUAAGAAAGCUCUAUGCAGAGCUCGAGGAGAAGCUGGAGGCAUCUGAGAUCCAGAUUAAAGCACAGUCUGCAGAGUACAGAACGCUUCUGCAGCAGAAAGAUGUGGAGAUCAGUCACCUGAAGGCCCGGCAGAGCGGACUCCAGGAAGAAUUCCAGAAGCUGCAGCAGUCGGCUCAGUCCGCCGCCAUCGGUCCCGCCAUGCUGCCAGUCACCACUGCUUCCUCAACCACUACCUCCUCUUCUGCUUCCUCGUACCUGCCUCAGCACUCAGGGUCCCAUCAGGGCUUCCACGGCGAUGAGAUGGACUUCAGUGACGUCAUCUGGUCGCAGCAGGAGAUCAACCGGCUGUCGACAGAGGUCAUGCGUCUGGAGGCGGAGGUGGCUCACUGGAGGCGAAUGUCUCAGACAUCAACAGCAGCGGGAUCUGGUGCCGGCGACCAGGGUGAGAUUCUCAAGCUCCAAAGAACUAUCAAGGAUCUGCGAGAAGAGAUGAGUCGUGAGGUGGAUGAACACCAGCAUGAACUGGCUGCUUUGCAGGACGCCCAGCGGCAGAAGAUGGCUGACAUCACACGACGACAUAGAGACGAGUUAGCAGAGUACGAGGAGAGGAUAGAAGAGCUGGAGGAACAGAUUCAGAGUGGCGGAAGUCAGCCCACCUCGCCAUCAGACUCCAAGCUGCCAGAACUCCAGAAAGCCAUCAGCUCUCUGCAGGAAGCUGCAGAUCAGCGGGAGAAGCAGCUGGCCGAGCUGUCUGCCAGUCUGGAGGAGGCACGGAGGAAUGAGGCCUCGCUGCAGCUGGAGAGAGACGAUGCCCUUGAAGAAAACGCCGGGCUGCUGCAGAACUACACGCGGCUGCAGGCCUCCGUCACCGAGCUUCAGACACGAGUGCAAGAGCAGGAGGGGAAGGCUCUGCAGAAAGUCCAGCUAGAGCACGAGAUACAAGUGUUGAGGAAAAACCUUGCAGCCUCAGAAAAAGAAAUUGAGAGACUGAAUAGCCUGGCUGUGGCAGAACCAAAGGAAGAAGUUGAGCAUGCUGACAUCUUAGAACUGAACACUAUUAUUGGGACGCUGAGACAAGAGAAGGAAGUCCUGGAACAAGAAAAGCUGAAUCUGCAAGAAAGAUUGAAGAAGGCCGAGGACCCAACAGUUAGCAAUAAUGAAACCGACUCUGGUGAAUCGGAGGCUUUGGAGGAUCUGAGAGCCGAGCUGGAGAAGAGAGAAAAGAUCCUCAGAAACACGGAGGAGGAACGAGACACGCUGAUGUCCGAGCUGGAGGAACUCGACCGACAGAACCAGGAUGCAACACAGCAUAUGAUCUCUGUGAAGGAGCAGCUGAAGAAGGCAGAGGCAGAACUGACGAGUCUGAAUGCCGAGCUGAACACGACCAAAGACAAGAAUGAGGCACUGAAGCAAGAGCUGGAGACCCAAAAAGAGAAAAUUAGCCAGAGCGCCUUCACCCUUAACGACCUGCAUAUGGGCAAACAGCAGCUGGAAGGAUCAGUGAAGGAGCUGAAGGACAAACUGGGACAUGCACAGGAGCAGAACAGGGAAGCACGAAGAGAAAUCACAGAGCUUAAGAGGACUUUACAGGAGAGAGAGGAGCAGCUGUCUGUUGUUAAAGCAGAGCGAGAUCAGGCUGGAGACAGAGCAACUGAAGUACAGGGAGCUAACGAGAUGCUAGCAGGGAAGGAGAGAGAGUUGUCAGACCUCAGAAGAGAACUGGACGAGAUGCGGCACUCCCAGGAGAAGGUGCUGUCUGAGGACUAUGAGCUGAAGAUGGAGAACAGAAGGUUGAGAGAGAUGACAGAAAGCCAGGCAUCUCUGAACAGGACAGUACGGGAGAAGGACACUCGUAUCGAAGCGCUGAAGCUGGAGAAAACUCAGCUGGAGGGUGAGCUGAGGCAGGCAGAGAGCAAAAUAACACAACAGGCAAAACAGUACCAGCAGACCAUCGAAGAGCUGACUCGAGCACGAUCCAUGGAUGCCUCCGCUCUACAGAUGGAGCAUGAGCGAGCCAUCAAACUCAACCAGGACAAAGACAUGGAGAUAGCUCAGCUGAAGAGAGACAUGGAGCAGGUGGCGUCCGACCACAGAGACACCAACGAGAUGCUUUCGAUCACAGUUGCAGGGCAGAAGCAGCUGACAGAUUUACUGCAGGAGAAAGAUGCCUUCACGGAGACUUUGAAGCAAAACGCUUCUGACUUGCAGGUGGAGAUGGAGAACAGAAUUACAGUUAUGAUGAAGGAAGCAGAAGCUCUCAAACAGUUGUUAGAUGAAAAGGAGAAACAGGUGGGAGGGAUGAAGGAGGAGAACAGCCAUUUGAAAGAAGAGAUUGACCGACUCAGGGAUCAGCAGAGCAGGCCUCAUUCUCUCGCUGAGCCCAGGACCUUGGACAUUAUCACAGAGCUGGAGACGGAGAUCAGCCAGCUCAAGGCCUCCAGGAGUCGUCUGGAAGAAGAGACCCAAACUCUGAGGAGAACGUUGGAGGAGCAGCAGGGCUCUCUCCUCCUGUCACAGCAGUCCCUCCAAGCUCAGCAGACUGAGCUCGAGCAGGCUCAUGCUCGCCAUCAGCAGACCACCCAGAACUACGACAGGCUCAUCCAUGCCCGAGAUGAAGAGAUAUCUGGCCUCCAGCAGAUGGUAGAUCAGCUCAGUGAGAGUAGGAGUCGUGCUGACUCCCCCCCUGUGCAGGGAGAUGUCAUCCUGCAGGAGGAGAAGACCCAGACUCUAAAUCAGGAGAACGGCAACGAGAAGCACGACCUGUCUAAGGUUGAAAUAGAAAAACUGGUGAGAGGCAUCAAAGAGAAAGAGACUGAGAUCAGCCAACUGAACGAGAAGAACCUCUCACUGACCAAACAGAUAGAUCAGCUGGUUGUUUCACGUGAUGAAGUGGGCAAACUGUCCCAGAUGAUCCUGCAGAAGGAUCUGGAGAUCCAGGCGCUUCAUGCCAGAGUGUCCAUGGGUGUAGGUGGUGGACACAACCAGGAUGUCUUGUUCUUACAGCAGCAGCUGCAGGCCUAUGCUGUGGAGAGAGAGCAAGUGAUAGCCGUGCUCAACGAGAAGACCAGAGAGAACAGCCAGCUUCGCUCCGACCAUCACCGUCUCAUGGACAUGAUCGCAGGAAAGGAGGCGGCGUUGGUGAAGCUUCAGCAGGAGAACCAACGCCUCUCCAACAUGAGUGAUCCCUCAGGAAGUCAAGAGAUGUUCAAGGAGACCAUCCAGAACCUGUCCCGCAUCAUCAGGGAGAAGGACAUAGAGAUUGAUGCGUUGACCCAGAAGUGCCAGACCCUGGUGACCGUCCUCCAGACCUCAGGAGGAGAGUCCGGUGCCGGAUCCGGAGGUGUCAGCAGCAACCAGUUUGAGGAGCUGCUGCAGGAGAGGGACACACUGAAGCAACAGGUGAAAAAGAUGGAGGAGUGGAAGCAGCAGGUGAUCACCACAGUCAAGAACAUGCAGCAUGAGUCGGCUCAGCUGCAGGAGGAACUGAUCAAACUCCAGGGUCAGGUCACCGCUGACAGCGACUGCAGCUCCAAGCUGACAGUGGACUACACUCGACUGAUCCAGAGCUAUGAGCAGAAAGAAAGGAGGCUUGGAAGUCUCAGUCAGGAACUGGCUCAGGUUCAGCAGACCAUCACGCAGCUCAGCACCACCAAGGAGGUCCUGCUGGGUAAACUCGACAGCGUAGCACAGACUCCUGAAGCUGUAGCUGCUCAGUCUAGUGCACCUUCUCUCACGGUCGAUGCUCCAAGCCACCAGCCGUCUCCCACAGUAGACAGCGAGAGACUUCAGGAUGAACUCGUACGUUUGCGAGCUCAGUUGGCUGAGAAGGACAACAUGAUCAGGACUAUUCAGGAGAACAACCACCGGCUCUCCAAUUCAGCAUCUGCCUCAGAGAGCGAGCAGAGAAGUCAGGCAGAGGAGACUCGGCAGGUGAGAGAGAGGUUGGACGCUCUGCAGAAGUCUGUGAGGGAGAAAGACCUGCUUAUCAAAUCAAAAAGUGACCAGCUAAAUCAGGUGAGUGAGUCACUGCGCAACCGUGAGAAUGACAACGAGGUGCUGAAGCAGGCUGUGACCAACCUGAAAGAGCGUGCUCUUAUUCUGGAAAUGGAUGGGAGGAAGCUAAAGGAGGAGAACGAGCUGGUGGCCGCACGCUCUCGAGAGAAGGAGUCUGAGUUCAGAGCGCUGCAGGAAACCAACAUGCAGGUUUCCCUCCUGCUGAGAGAGAAGGAGUUUGAACUGAGCGCAGUGAGCGAGAAGGCUGCAACUGUGGAGAAGAUGCUCAAGGACAAAGAUCAGGGUAAGACUGGUGAGCUGAAUCAACUCCUGAAUGAGCUGAAGUCCAUGCAGGAGAAAGCUGUGCUGUUCCAGCAGGAGAGGGAUCAGGUGAUGAUGGCACUCAAGCAGAAACAAAUGGAGACCACUGCAGUACAAACUGAGCUUCAUCAUAUGAGGGAAAAAGAACAGCGUCUCAACCUGGAGCUGGAAAGGUUGCGUAAUCACCUCUUAGAGAUCGAGGACUCGUACACGAGAGAAGCCCUCGCGGCAGAAGACAGGGAGACGGAAUUGCGCAGGAGGGUGGCGAUGCUGGAUCAGAAACUGGCCACAUCUUCGAAUGCUGUGGAGAACGCCAGCCAACAUGCCAGUAUGCAGGUGGAGUCUCUGCAGGAGCAGCUGAAUGGAGUGGUGAAGCAGAGGGACGAUGCACUCCUCCACCUCAGAACGUCUCAGGAGCAGGUCAACCAGUAUGCAGUUUCACUCUCCAACCUGCAGAUGGUGCUGGAGCAGUUUCAACAAGAAGAGAAAGCUAUGUACUCAGCAGAGCUUGAGAGGCACAAGAAGGAGAAGGAGGAGUGGAGAAAAAAAGCCCAGAGGUUGGAAGAUCAAGCAUCUGCUCUGCAGAUUAACCUCGAUGAAGCCAACGCUGCUCUCGAUUCAGCGUCUCGUCUCACCGAUCAGCUCGAUCUGAAGGAGGAGCAGCUGGAGGAGCUGAAACGGCAAGUGGAUUUGAGGCAGGAGAUGUUGGAGGAGGCGCAGAGGAAACUGAUGAACCUCCUGAACAGCACGGAGGGGAAGAUAGACAAAGUCCUGAUGCGUAACCUGUUCUUGGGAUACUUCCACACACCUAAAACCAAGCGUGCCGAUGUGCUGAGGCUCAUGGGAAGUGUUCUUGGACUGACCCGAGAAGACGUUGAUAAGAUGCUGGAGGAUGACGGACGACAGGGUGUUACCGGAUGGAUGUCGAGCUGGCUGGGAGGCCGAGGAGCUCAAAGUGUCCCAAACACCCCUCAGAGGCCCACAAGUGGCCAAGGGCUCAACUCGUCCUUCUCUGAGAUGUUUGUUAAAUUCCUGGAGAUUGAGUCGACCCCUUCACUGCCGGCACCGAAGCUUCCGGUCCAUGACAUCAAGCCUCUGGGCGCCCCGCCUUCGAGAAGAACCAGCGGUGCUGCUGCCGGCACCUCUGCAGGAGCUGCAGCAGUCGGCAAGCGGCCCGGCGAGUCCAAUCCUUUCCUGGCCCCUCGUUCCGCCGCGGUGCCGCUUCUGGCUGGUUCCGGCUCCGGCGGCUCAGGAGGUCACCUGCUGAUGAAGCCCAUCUCCGAUGCCCUGCCCACCUUCACGCCUGUGCCGGUCUCAGCUGAGGCCAGUGCUGGAGCUGUGCUCAAAGACUUGUUAAAGCAGUGACGAGUGCCAGAUAGACGUCUUAGUUUUACACUACACAGACUGAAAUAUCCGACAUGUUGAGCUCUUUUUUUAUUUCCUGCAAAAAGAAAUGAUCUGAGAAUUCAUAGAAGGUUAUUAUUCCCUGUUUUUUUUAGGGGGAAUUGAAGCUAAAUUUAGUUUUUUCGGGGCUCCGUUUUACUUGCAAUUACUGUUCUAUGCAACAGAGUCUCUCCCUUUACACAUCAGAGUCACGCAGAAUUAUUGUUACAUGUUUAACCUACGAGCUGAGAAUGAUGGAAGAAGUGACUCUGUGUGCAACAGUGACGCAGGAUGAGAAGAUUUUCAAGUUGUGGAUCAUUCAGAGAGAGAGAGCAAUACAGAAAGUGCCCUUCUGAUCGUGAAUUAUGUUUUACAUCUUAGUUUGUUUUUUAGUCUUCAUCCCAUCAGUGCUGAACACAAGUGACCUUGUAAACUCGCUGUGUGCAGUCGGAUACAUGUGGCUUCAGCUAAUCAUCACCUCUGUUUGCGAGAGGAAACGUGUCCUUCAGUAUUCAUCCUCUAACUUGCAUUGACAACUCUUUUGUCUUCUGAGUCCUUUUUCUGCUUUUCAACAAUGCAGCGAAUUGUCUCUGAUCCAGGACCUGCCUAAAAACCUCUGGCAGCGGUCGCCUGCCUGGAGAUUUAUGUGGUUCACUACAUCUGUUAGAACCAUAAAGACAUUUUUUGCUAAAUCUUGUCUUUUCCAGACGGCCAGACUGUGAUAUGCAACAAGCGUUAUAAUUAUGGCUCUAACCGUGGACUGUGGUUGAUCAGAGGCUUGAGACUGCUCCUAUGUAAAAGUACAGUACUAUUAUAUAGUUAUAUAUAUGUAAAUGGGUGGCGUUUUGUUUUUCCUAUUUAUGGGCACUGAGGAAGUUUUGGAAGUUAAGUGCCUGCAUUUUUGCUAAUUAGAAAGUUGUAUAAUCAGGAUUGUAAAUGGUUAAUAUAAAUAUAUAUAUUUACAAAAUGUAAAAACUGCACAUUUAAGAAGUUUUACCUGACCGGAGCUGGCCAGCCGUACCCGAGCUGCUCUGCAUUGAACUUUUGUAUAGACAUCAAUCAGCCGCUGCAGAAGGAAUGUUACAGGGUUUCUCCAGACGUAUUGAUAAAAUGUAUAAAACAAAAAUCUGUAAAUCCUGGCUGUGAAAGAACUUUUGCAGGCGUGAAAUCUGAAGCUCAGAGGGCGUCACAAGAGGAGCUGGAUUACCUUGAACUGGGAUGAUCUCUAACCUGUGACUUAAUUGGAAUUUCAGAUCAAAUAAAGGUUCUGCUGACCCCCUUUUCA